GCUGAUGGACUCCACCACAGCCACGGCAGAACUAGGGUGGAUGGUGCACCCACCAUCUGGGUGGGAAGAAGUGAGCGGCUACGACGAGAACAUGAACACGAUCCGGACUUACCAGGUAUGCAACGUCUUUGAAUCUAGCCAGAACAACUGGCUGAGGACCAAGUAUAUCCGGAGGAGAGGGGCCCACCGCAUCCACGUGGAGAUGAAGUUCUCCGUACGGGACUGUAGCAGCAUCCCCAACGUCCCCGGCUCCUGUAAGGAGACCUUUAACCUCUACUACUAUGAAUCUGACUUUGACUCUGCUACGAAGACCUUCCCGACCUGGAUGGAAAACCCUUGGGUGAAAGUGGACACCAUUGCGGCAGACGAGAGCUUCUCUCAGGUGGACCUCGGGGGCCGGGUGAUGAAAAUUAACACCGAGGUGCGUAGCUUUGGGCCCGUCUCCAAAAAUGGCUUUUACCUGGCCUUCCAGGACUAUGGAGGCUGCAUGUCCUUGAUUGCUGUCCGUGUCUUCUACCGCAAAUGCCCACGGGUGAUCCAGAAUGGAGCCGUUUUCCAGGAGACGCUCUCUGGAGCCGAGAGCACUUCUCUGGUGGCUGCGCGGGGCACUUGCAUCCCCAAUGCCGAAGAGGUGGAUGUACCCAUCAAGUUGUACUGCAAUGGCGACGGGGAGUGGUUGGUGCCCAUUGGGCGCUGCAUGUGUAAAGCUGGCUACGAGUCGGUGGAGAACGGGACCGUCUGCAGAGGCUGCCCCUCUGGGACGUUCAAAGCCAAUCAGGGGGAUGAGGGUUGCGUUCACUGCCCCAUCAACAGCCGGACGACGUCAGAAGGCGCCACCAACUGCGUCUGCCGCAACAGCUACUAUCGGGCAGAUUCCGAUCCACUGGACAUGCCCUGCACCACCAUCCCAUCAGCCCCGCAGGCGGUCAUCUCUAGCGUGAACGAGACUUCGCUGAUGCUGGAAUGGGGCCCGCCCCGGGACUCGGGGGGGCGUGAGGAUUUGGUCUAUAACAUCAUCUGCAAGAGCUGCGGCUCGGGUCGGGGGGCCUGCACCCGCUGCGGGGACAACGUGCAAUUCACGCCGCGCCAGCUGGGCCUGACGGAACCCCGCGUCUACAUCAGCGACCUGCUGGCCCACACCCAGUACACCUUUGAGAUCCAGGCGGUGAACGGUGUCACCGACCAAAGCCCCUUCUCGCCGCAGUUUGCUUCAGUCAACAUCACUACCAACCAGGCUGCCCCUUCAGCUGUGUCCAUCAUGCACCAGGUGAGCCGGACCGUGGACAGCAUCACCCUCUCGUGGUCGCAGCCGGACCAGCCCAACGGAGUCAUCCUGGACUACGAGCUUCAGUACUAUGAGAAGGACCUGAGCGAGUUCAACGCCACAGCGGUUAAGAGCCCCACCAACACUGUCACAGUGCAGAACCUCAAAGCUGGCACCAUUUACGUCUUCCAGGUGCGGGCACGCACGGUGGCGGGCUACGGGCGCUACAGUGGCAAAAUGUACUUCCAGACCAUGACGGAAGCCGAAUAUCAAACCAGCAUCCAGGAGAAGCUCCCCCUAAUCAUUGGCUCCUCGGCCGCAGGGCUGGUUUUCCUCAUCGCCCUGGUCGUCAUCAUCCUGGUGUGCAACAGAAGACGAGGAUUUGAGCGCGCAGACUCCGAGUACACCGACAAGCUUCAGCACUACACAAGCGGCCACAUGACCCCCGGCAUGAAGAUCUACAUUGACCCCUUCACCUACGAGGACCCCAACGAAGCUGUCCGAGAGUUUGCGAAGGAAAUCGACAUCUCGUGCGUCAAAAUCGAGCAGGUGAUUGGUGCAGGGGAAUUCGGCGAGGUGUGCAGUGGCCACUUGAAGUUGCCCGGCAAGAGGGAAAGCUUUGUGGCCAUCAAGACCCUGAAGUCUGGCUACACCGAGAAGCAGCGUCGGGAUUUCCUGAGUGAGGCCAGCAUCAUGGGACAGUUUGACCACCCCAACGUCAUCCACCUGGAGGGGGUGGUCACCAAGAGCACCCCAGUCAUGAUUGUGACGGAGUUCAUGGAGAAUGGCUCACUAGAUUCCUUCCUGCGGCAAAACGAUGGGCAGUUUACAGUGAUCCAGCUGGUGGGGAUGUUGCGGGGCAUCGCGGCUGGCAUGAAAUACCUGGCUGACAUGAACUACGUCCACCGCGACCUGGCAGCACGCAACAUCCUGGUCAACAGCAACCUCGUCUGCAAGGUCUCGGAUUUCGGCCUCUCCCGCUUCCUGGAAGACGACACCUCCGAUCCCACCUACACCAGCGCCUUGGGUGGGAAGAUCCCAAUUCGCUGGACAGCACCCGAAGCCAUCCAGUACCGGAAGUUCACUUCCGCCAGUGACGUCUGGAGCUACGGCAUUGUCAUGUGGGAGGUGAUGUCAUAUGGGGAACGGCCUUACUGGGACAUGACCAAUCAAGACGUAAUAAAUGCCAUCGAGCAAGAUUACCGGCUGCCACCUCCCAUGGACUGCCCGAGUGCCCUGCACCAGCUCAUGUUGGACUGCUGGCAGAAAGACCGCAACCACCGGCCCAAAUUCGGGCAGAUAGUCAACACCUUAGACAAGAUGAUCCGAAACCCAAACAGCCUGAAAGCCAUGGCACCCCUCUCCUCGGGGAUUAACCUCCCCUUACUGGACCGCACAAUUCCAGACUACUCAAGUUUCAAUACAGUGGAGGAGUGGCUUGACGCCAUCAAGAUGGGCCAAUACAAGGAGAGCUUUGCCAACACCGGCUUCACCAAUUUCGAUGUGGUCUCCCAAAUGACCAUGGAGGACAUUCUGAGAGUCGGGGUCACGUUAGCAGGGCACCAGAAGAAAAUUCUGAACAGUAUCCAGGUGAUGCGCGCACAGAUGAAUCAAAUCCAGUCCGUGGAGGUUUGA